AUGGAGGCUUCACCUAGUGGAAUGUCAGAAGGGAAUCCAAGCCCCACAAUCCCGUCACUGACACCGAGAUCUAGACCUACUUCUAGAGCAGCUACUUCUUGUGCAAGUAGCCGAUUCCCAAUGCCAGUAAACAUAGAAGAUGAGGAUGAGUUUAAUGAGGAUGAGGAGAUAGGUAUUGGGGAUCUACCACCUCCAUCUACAACUCCAUCUCAACCACGAAAUACUAGAAAAAGGUCUUGGACAUGGGAGCAUUUUACCAGGAUUCCUGGUAAUCCUGAGAACCCACAGGCGAGCUGCCACCACUGUGGGCAACUCUGCAAAUGCCAUUCAAAGAAGCAAGGCACCGCUGUCUUAAUAGCCCAUCUCCAAGGUUGCCAGCGAUAUAAAAUGUCGAAGGGAGAGGCAGGCCCAGCCACUGAUCAGACCAAGCUCAGUUAUAAAGCUUCUACGACCACUGAUGUCGAUAAAAGAGGCUUCCGAAAGUUUGUCAAGACUAUUGAGCCACGAUUUCCAUUGCCAUCACGGUAUACGGUGAUGCGGGAUUCGCACUACAUUGAUAGUGAAUGGCAAUUGAGAAAACGGAUUAUUGGGUUCAAAGAAAUCAUUGAUCAUAAGGGAGCAUCAAUUGGGGCACUGAUGGAUGAUUGUUUAAAGGAUUGGGGAAUUCAAAAGCGGAAUACGAGUAUGAAAGCUGAUGUCAUCCGCAACCACGAAUUUAUUCAUGUUCGAUGUUGUGCUCAUAUCCUCAACCUAAUUGUCAGUGAGGGGUUAAAAGAGGUUGAUGAUUCCAUUAUCAGAGUUCGCAACAUUGUGCGGUAUGUGAGGGCUUCCCCUCAAAGGCUGUCAAAGUUCAAGGCAAUAGCAAGCCAGCUUGGAAUUUCAUGUUCUAAGACAUUGUGUUUGGAUGUUCCGACUCGAUGGAACUCAACAUACCUUAUGUUGGAUGUGGCACAAAAGUAUCAAGCUGCAUUCGAGCGGAUGGAGGUCGAGGAUGGGGCACUUAACGAGCUCUCAGAGCUUCACUACCACUUGCAAGAAGGUUGUACGGGUUCAUGUGGAUUAUUAUCUGCAUUUAGCACUGGAGGUCGAGUAUUGGAUUCUUACCGGAGUUUAUUGUCACCGUCAACUGUGGAGGCCCUCGUUUGCACACAGAAUUGGUUGAGUGAUACGCCCAUUGGACUAGAUACCAUUGGCUUUGAUGCUGAUAGCUAUAAGCUUGAAUCGGGUAACUUUGUUUGA